ACAUAGAUCCGCAUACAGAAUUUCCCAGUGAGAUAAAGUCAUGAUCUUAUCUUGUGUAGAGGAAAGUCUUGGCUGUAAGGGGUAAGAGAAAAACGUAUUUGUUUAUUUUUCAAAUGAUUUGUUAUGGUUUUCUUUUUUUUCCAGAAUAAACCAUGUAGUGAAUAACUGCUUUGCCAACUCCAGUCAGCAGAUGGCGACUUAAGUCUUUCAGGUGAUGCUCCUUGUGUGACGUAUAAUCUAGUGGACGGAACGCUUCUUCAACAACAACUCGGCUACUGAUGCAGACAGUUCCGUAUCUUGCUCGUCAACAUAAAACCCACAAAUUCAAAUUCUUUGUCCGUAUUUGUGUAUAUUAAUCUGUGUUUUUAACGCAAUUUUGUUUGCAUAUCUCCUAGUUAAAUUGUAAAAUAGCUUGUUAGAUUGACUAAUUCGUUAAGAUUGAUGCUUAGUCUAGUACUAGGCUAGUCGCUAAUUCUAGCUAGCUUUCAUCCCCGACCUAGGAGUGAAGUUGAGUCCGCUAUCCUCGCUCGACCAUGAGCUCACUAAGCUACUCCCUCCCUGCUAAAGAAGAAGAAGUCGGAUGGACGGAGAAAGAAGAUCUGAACAUUGUCGUGAAAGAAGACGAGGAAGUGAAAGACGAGAAAGAGCCUUUUGGAGUGAAAGAGGAAGAAGGGAUAGAGGCUGUCACAGUGGAAGAAGAGGAGGAGGUAGAAGCUUUCAGAAUCAAAAAGGAGGAAAUCACAUUGAAAGAAGAGGAUGUUACCGUGAAAUACGAGAAAGAGCCUUUAGGAGUGAAACACGAAGAAGGAAUAGAGGCUGUCACAGUGGAAGAGGAGGAGAUAGAAGCUUUCAGAAUGAAAAAGGAGGAAAUCACAUUGAAAGAAGAAGAUGAGGAUUUCAUAGUGAAAGAAGAGAAAGGACCUUUUGGAGUGAAAGACGAAGAGGAGACUAGAGAUCUGAUUAACACUACAGGAGAGAGACCAGACUCUCACCCUGACCGUGGGAAGAGUCCAGACCCAGAGACGACCAAACCAGCAAGACCAUACCACUGUUCCCAGUGUGGAAAGAGAUUUAUUCAGUCAUCGCAUUUGAAAGAACAUGAGAGAAUACACACAGGAGAACAGCCAUUUCAAUGUUCCCAGUGUGGAAAGAGUUUUACAAAUGUAGGGAACCUGAAAACGCAUGAGAUGACACACACGGGAGAGAAGCCUUUCCACUGCUCCCAGUGUGGAAAAAGGUUUACCCAGUUAGGGAAUUUGAAAACACAUGAGAUGACACACACAGGCGAGAAGCCUUAUCACUGCUCCCAUUGUGGAAAGAGUUUUAGACACUCAGGGCAUCUAAAAGUGCAUGUAAGAACACACACGGGAGAGAAGCCAUAUCAAUGCUCCCAGUGUGGAAAGGGUUUUGGACACUCAUGGCAUCUUAAAGUGCAUGAAAGAACACACACUGGAGAGAAGCCGCAUCAAUGCUCCCAGUGUGGAAAGGGUUUUGGACACUCAGGGCAUCUAAAAGUGCAUGAAAGAACACACACUGGAGAGAAGCCUUAUCAAUGCUCCCAGUGUGGAAAGGAUUUUAGACACUCAGGGCAUCUUAAAGAUCAUGAGAAAAUACACACAGGAGAACAACCAUUCCAAUGCUCUCUGUGUGGAAAGAGUUUUACCCAUUUAGGGAACCUGAAAAUGCAUGAGAUGACACACACAGGAGAGAAGCCUUUUCACUGCUCCCACUGUGUAAAAAGUUUUACCCAGUUAGGGAACUUGAAAACGCAUGAGAUGACACACACAGGAGAGAAGCCUUUCCACUGCUCCAAGUGUGAAAAGGGUUUUAGAACCUCUGGGAACCUGAAAACGCAUGAAAUGUCACACACAGGAGAGAAGCCUUUCCAAUGCUCCCAAUGUGGAAAGAGUUUUACCCAGUUAGCGAGCCUGAAAAGGCAUGAAGGAACACACACAGGAUAGAAUCCUUUCCAGUGUUCUCAGUGUGGAAAGACAUUUUCCCAGUCAGAAAGACCUGAAAAUCACACUAGAGAAGAGAGACACUGUUGUGGGUGGCAGAAUUUGGGGUGAGCUGUUGUAACUUCUCCAGGUUGAUGCUCUGUUCUGUGAUGAACUGCAUUUCAUAAAUGACUAUGCCUAUUACCUGUCUGCACCCUAACACAUUGUUGCCAUUGUCGUCUGUAACUGUUGCAUUUUAAUUAAGUACUAUUAUCACCUUUCUCUAUAUGAGGGGACAUGCAACUAUCUGCAUUUUUUUGGUGAGUUCUUCCCUGACUAUGAUCAGCGAGACAGAUCUCACUUGCUUGUAUUUAAGAUGUACUAUUAUCACACCUUAAAUAGUCUCUGAUCUUUGGGAUUGAGUGUGUUCUGACUUUAAAAAAAAAUUGCAAUGGGUUUCAUUGGUUUAUGGCCACAUGAAAUCAAAUUGUAUGAAACUCAAAAAACAGGCCUACUUUGUUAGCCGGACCUUUACGUCUCCAAGCAACAAAAAAUAA